AUGAGAUUGAUUGCAUGUUUGCUCCCAUUCCUCGCGUCGGCAAAUGAUGUCCACGAAGAAGAGGAGUUUAUUGUCUAUCCAGGAGGCGAGGAGCACUCUUUUUCCAAGUCAAUGGGCGAGUUUAAAUGUACCUACACAUACAUCACCCAGGGAGGUACCAACGAGGCGUGGAACAUGGUUGUCGGUCGAAAUGCAGAUGGCACGGGCUAUUCCUGCACGGUUUCCAGGGAUAACCAAAUGACUUAUUUGUACACAGAAACGUUCACGCUCAAGAUCGAAGGCGCAUCCAUCGAGCAUUUCGUUGUGUACGGCAACGAAGAAAGACGUCUGCUCACGCCCGAGACUAAACAACGCGGAAAAUCUAUUGUAGAAAGCACUGAUGAUUUCGGCCACGAGGUUGCCAAAAUUUCCGUUAUCGGAAGAGCCAAAAAGACUGAUUUGUAA